CACGUCCAAAAUGACCUUUUAAACACACACACACACACACCACAAAACGAGCGCCUCUGUGACAGAGCAAAGGUGUCGGAGCAAAGAGCAAGCGAAUAUGUUCUUAAAAGGUUAAAACGUGGUGGAAGAAGAUGGUUGAAAUAAGCCGGCGGGUCUUUGUGGUGAUGGUGCAUUUCAUCAGCAUCUCUGUGGCAAGUCUCCACAGGUCAGUGGAGGAUGUGCUGGAGCACAGCGGGGGUCGCGCACGGCCGGGACACUGCAGCUAUGGUCAAACUACUUCCUGUUGUGUGGGAUGGAGGAAUGUUAACGGCAUUUGUCAGCCUGUGUGUGAGACGUCGUGCAUACAUGGAAAAUGCGUGGGACCAGAGAAGUGUUUGUGCUCCAGAGGCUACGAAGGCCCCCUGUGUGAUGAAGAUGUGAACGAAUGCGGUUUGCUGGAGAGGCCGUGUUCCCAGCGCUGCAUGAACACACACGGUAGCUAUCGCUGUUACUGCGAACCUGGAUUCACGCUCGGCGCAGAUGGAUACACCUGCACCAGAGCGGCCGCAUGUUCCUCUCCGCGCUGCCAGUUUGGUUUCCAGAUGGAGAGAGGGGGAGCGCUGCGCUGCCUGUGUCCCCCCGGCCUCCACCUGGCCGCUGACAACAAGACCUGUGAAGAUGUGGACGAGUGUCAGCGGGAGACUGACGCGUGUCCACCGCGGCAGAGAUGCAGGAACACGUUUGGCAGCUACACGUGUGUGUGCCGAGACGGUUUUGUGAUGGGGACGCUCAAGGGCUCGUUGCAAUGUCGAGAUAAGGACGAAUGUUUAACCGGGUCUCACCGGUGCAGCCGCCACGCUCAGUGUGUCAACACAGAUGGUUCCUACACCUGUCAGUGUUUGGGGGACUACUUUGGCAGCGGACGCACCUGCUGGCCCAGGAGAGCCCCGCAGUCCAAGGCUCUCAUGUACUUCAACUACAAACUCUCCAGAAGGACGAAGACAAGACAACCUUCAUCUUAGAGCCACCGCUCGAACCCUUACAUGGCUCAAACAAAAGGGACAUUAAACUCAAGAGAAUCAUUGAAAACCAUUUUACGCAACGUCGAGGAAUUUCAGAACAUACUGGCUAUCUUUUUUGUCAAGUAAUGUUGAAAAUGCUUUUAGACAACUGGGAAUAUUUUGGCCUGUAAACCUGUUAUUUCUGUCCCUAUUCAGCUAAGGCUAAGUUUUGUUGCCUGUUUGUCUCCUGUUGACGAAACCCAUCAUUUAACAAAUGCACGGCAACAGGGACGUACUCUGUACUUUGCUUGUGAGCCUCAAACCGAAAUGCACUGUGAUGACAGAGGGGUUUUUACACUGGCAUCACCUGUGUCACAGAAACUUCAACCCUGUUAUUGCAGGUGGGACAAACUUUGUAGCCGACAACAACCGGCCGUGCAGAAGAUGCAAACACUGCACGCGCAUCAUUAGUAAUUUAUUUAAUAUUCCAGAAAGUGUGAGUUUUCUUCAGGGUUAAAACGCAGCGCAUUAGAAUUUGUUAAUAAAAGGCUGACCUCUGGUGGCUAGAUAAGGAACAAUGUCUCUAAACUUAGGAAUUUGGGUGAAACUAAAUGUUAUAAAAGGAUAUUUACUGUCAUUUGUAGAUAAAGAAUUGACCAAUAGAAUAAAUAAAAAAAGAUGGAUGAAAA